ACAUAACAAUAAAGAAUAUCUUAUUAUUGUAUGCUAAUAGACGUGAAAUUUAAUCAUAAAGUAAUUAGUUAUAGGUAAUUCUAUGAAUGGUAUUAAAUCGAUAAAAUUAAAAUAUAGUUAGUUUAUACCUGUUCUCAAAGUAUAUGACAUAGUUGGAAACAUUGGAAAUUUGAUUAGGUGUAGUAAUAAUAAAAACCUGAAAAAGAUGUCUUGCACAAUGGAUGAAAGGACGAAACAAAGGAUUCUAGGAUUAUUUGGUAGAUCAAUGAACGAUUUGAAUGCAGAUGUACAAUUAGUAAAGAACUGGCUGUGUAAACAGAAUCACAUUCCGGAAAUACCAAGUAAACAUAUGAUCGAAUACUUUAUUGUGAGUAAUCGAUUUAGUAUCGAAACAACAAAGGAGAGAUUGAGUAUGUACUAUAACAUUAGAAAACUGUUUCCAAGUGCUUUUCAAGCAAUUAAUCCCAAAACAAAUCGAAUGAAAAUGGCUUGCAGUGCUCAAUAUGUUUUACCGCUACCCAAACUCGUUGACGGACUAUACAGGGUGAUAAUAGUAGGUUUAAAAGAAGGUAAAAGUGACAAAUUUGAUGCCGAUUGCAUGAUGGGAAAUGUAUUAAACGUAUACGAAAUAAGAAUGCAGGAAGAUCUCACUUACGAAGACGUCCUUAUAUUGGAUUAUCAAAAUUUACAUUUGACGCAUGUAAUUAGAACUACUCCAAGACAUGCGCAGAUGGUGAAACUGUUAUUAGAGAAAGUCUACAACAAUCGUUUAAAAGAGAUACACAUUAUUAAUCAUUCUAUACUGUUCAAUUUGUUGUUCAAAUUAGCACAACCGCUAAUCAGCCAGAAUUUACACAAAAAGAUCCACUUCCAUGAUUCGUUGUCGAGCUUAUUAGCUUAUAUACCUUUAGAUGUUUUACCAAAAGAUUACGGUGGUAAUGAAAAGUCUGUGGAAGAAUUAGAAGAGAUGUGGAAGGGGAAGAUGAAGAAAUACCAACAUCGGUUUGAUGAACUAGACGAAUUGACCAUAAAUGUCACCAGACAGAAGCAAUUUAAUUAAUUUAUAUUACAUUUUUAUAUUAUACCUAGUGUUAUUUUAAUACAUUAUUUUUUUAUUUAUUAUUGAUUAAAUUUAUCGUC